CUAAAUAGCAAUUCCAUCUUCUCCAGAUUGAUUUUGAAUAGCUCAGGUGAUCUUCAACGGUUAGCAUGGCGAGAUGGGACCCAGCGAUGGACACCGUUCUCACGUGCCAUCGACGAUAAGUGCGAUGAGUAUGCGAAAUGUGGGGCCUACAGCAGCUGCAAUGUGAAUCGUGCGGUGAUAUGUGAGUGUUUGAGAGGGUUUAAGCCCAAGCUGCCGGAGGUGUGGAACUUGCAUGAUUGGUCUAGUGGGUGUAAUCGACGGCAGGGAUUGGGUUGUGGGAAGGGAGAUGGGUUUAAGAAAAUUGAAAAUGUGAAGCUGCCGGAUACGUCGUCGGCUCGGGUUGUACGAUUAUCGGGUCUGAGGGAGUGUAGGGAUGAGUGCUUGAAGAACUGCUCUUGCACUGCUUAUGCAAGUGCUGAUAUUGAUAAGUGGGGAGGUGAGUGUUUGAUGUGGUAUGGGGAUUUAAUUGAUAUGAAGCUGUAUUCCGACGAUGGGGAGGAUUUAUACGUGCGUUUGGCGGGUUCGGAGCUUGAUUCAAGCCCGAAGAGGAAAAAGCUAGUGCUGAUACUCGCAUUAACGGUCAUACCAACGACGCUGCUCCUCUUCUCAUGCGGCUAUUGCCUCCGGAAGAGAAAAAACGAAAAGAAAGGUGGGCAUGCACGGGAGAGUACGUAUGGGAACUUUUCAAAUGUGAGUGUGAAGAGCUCAGAUCUGCCACUGUUUAAUCUCGGUGAUGUGGUGAUUGCUACGGAUGACUUCUCCGAAUCAAAUAAGCUUGGAGAGGGUGGCUUUGGCCCCGUUUACAAGGGGACAUUGAGGAAUGGUAAACAAAUAGCGGUGAAAAGACUGUCAAGGAAUUCAGGACAGGGAAUAGAAGAAUUCAAAAAUAAGGUGGCACUUAUACAACAACUGCAACACAGGAAUUUGGUUAGAAUACUUGGUUGUUGUAUUCAAGGAGAAGAAAAAAUGUUGAUUUAUGAAUACAUGCAAAACAAAAGCCUCAACUAUUUUAUUUUCGAUCGGACAAGACGGGUGUUGUUAGAUUGGAGGAAGCGGUUUGAUAUUAUCAUUGGGAUUGCUCGAGGAGUUCUUUAUCUUCAUCAUGAUUCUAGGUUGAGAAUUAUUCACAGAGAUUUGAAAGCUAGCAACAUUCUCCUCGAUGACGAAAUGAACCCUAAAAUUUCAGAUUUCGGCAUGGCUAGAAUUUUCAAAGGAAAUCAGACCCAAGGCAACACAAAUAGAGUGGUCGGCACAUACGGUUAUAUGUCGCCGGAGUACGCCAUCGAUGGGCUUUUCUCAGUGAAAUCAGAUGUGUUUAGCUUUGGGGUCUUAUUAUUAGAGAUCAUUAGUGGAAAUCGAAACAACAGUUAUCAUAAUCCCGACUCUAAUUUAAUGGGCCAUGCAUGGCAGCUAUGGAAUGAAGGUAAGAGUUUGGACCUGUUGGAUUCCUCAAUCGCCGAUUCGUGUCCCACCAAUGAAGUCCUGAGAUGCAUCCACGUGGGCCUUUUGUGUGUGCAAGAAAAUGUGACAAGCAGGCCCACCAUGUUAUCAGUUGUAUCUAUGCUGUGCAAUGAAAUGGCCAUUCCUCCACCCAAGAAACCAGCUUAUAGUAAUAAGAAGAAUUUCAUGGAUGCAGAUUCAUCCACAAGUGGGGCCGGAUCUUAUUCCAUCAAUGAGAUGACAGCUACUGAGGUGCAUGCUCGUUAGGAUUAUAUAGAUUUGUUUGUUGAGGAUCCUCAAAAUCUCUGCAUUUUCAUGGUGUGCAUCAGUGGGAUCUGUGCCGUUCAUCAGGUGGGACCCACAGACAGUGAGUGAUGCAGCCCAAAUGUUUGGGCACAUGGGUGGACCACACACAUGCCAGAUACGUACGCCACUGGCCAUCCGUUUUUCUUUUUGUACACUUAUAUUGCUCCGUCGAAAAUGGGUCUGGACUACUUUUCUGGAUGGGCACAUUCAUGGUGUGGCCUACCUGAUGAACGGUGCUGAUCUAAUACAUGCUGCCGUUUUUGCACGUGUUGGGUCAUUCGCCUAUAGCCUUUAGGGCUAUUUGUGUUUCUGGAUUCCAGAUAAUGCCACCUAAGUAGGAUUGUCAUUUCCCGGUGUUUAUUUAAACAUGUAUUAUGGCACAUAAAUUGAGAGAAUCAAUUAUAGUUUUACAUUGUAAAAUGGUGGACCCCACAAUUUCACAAAUUUUCCAGGCUAAAACAAACAAAGAAAAUUCAU